AGGAAAUUCGGCCGAUAAAAAAUGGUGACGUUUGGUAAUAAGUGAAAUCCGCCAUUUUGUAUUUGUCAAAAAAAGUUUUGUGUAAUGGAUCAGAGUAAAUUUGAGUCUGACAGAUCUAAGAAGUGUUUCAUAGAAUCCAGUGCUCCAGAAAUUACGAAAACUGAAGCAUGUUGGCUUGGUAUAGAUGAAGCUGGUAGAGGACCAGUAUUAGGUCCUAUGGUUUAUGGAACAUGUUAUAGCCCAUUAACAACUGGAGAUAAAUUGAAAGAAAUGGGACUGGCAGAUUCAAAAACAUUAAGUGAAGAACAAAGAGAUAGUAUGUUUGAGAAAAUAAAAGAAGCUAGUGAUGUUGUGGGAUGGAUAGUUGAAAUUCUACCCCCUACUUAUAUAUCUAACAGUAUGUUACGUAGGUCAAAGUAUAAUUUAAAUGCCUUAUCACAUGAUUGUGCUAUUGGUUUAAUUAGAAGAGUUCUAGAUAAAGGAGUAAAUGUAAUGGAGAUUUACGUUGAUACAGUUGGAGAUCCUAUGAAAUAUCAGAACAAAUUACAAGAGCUAUUCCCUAACAUUUCUAUCACUGUGGCGAAAAAGGCUGAUGCAACCUACCCAAUUGUCAGUGGAGCCAGUAUUUGUGCUAAGGUUGCUAGAGAUUAUUCUGUCAAAAACUGGGUAUUUGCUGAAGAUAUAGAUACAGAAGGUUUGGUAUAUGGCUCUGGAUAUCCAGCAGAUCCUAACACUAAGAAAUUCAUGUCAUCUAGUUUAGAUAAAGUAUUUGGUUUUCCAUCAUUUGUAAGAUUUAGCUGGUCUACUGCGGCUCAGAUUAUAGAGAAAGAUGGUGUCAAUAUUAGAUGGGAAGAUGAUGAUGAGGAAGAAGAAGAAAAUAAAGAUGCUAAAGGAACUGCCAGUUUACUAACUUUCUUCAAACGAUCAGAUGAUGAUCCUAAAUAUAAUCGUCAUUCUUAUUUUACUGACAGAUGUUUAUCUAAUGUUACCAACUUAUAGCAUUAAACACUUAGUGCACUGUGUCAUUGUUCAAAAUAAACUAUUAUUAUAGUGAAAAUAUUAUUUGGUGAAACAUAU